CAACGGCUCUUCCCCAUAUCUCUCCUCUUUCAUGUUCUCUCUCAUCUUAGUCUCUUCACUGUCAGAUCUCUCUCAUGUCCUCUCUCUCCCAACGGCUCUUCCCCAUAUCUCUCCUCUUUCAUGUUCUCUCUCAUCUUAGUCUCUUCACUGUCAGAGAGCAGACGGCGAGAGACAACGGUUACUUUUCCAAAAUUCAUGGCAUGGCCACUUCCCCCUCCCUUCCUCUCUCUUCCCCAUCCCCUCCUCCUCUCUCUCAUCUCAUUCUUCGAUGGGAUCAUAAGAGAGAGCACCCAAUCGAAACUCUUGGGAAUCCAGACGCAUCAUUUCGAAAUCUGUCGGAGUUUCACUCACGAUCCACCUCUUCCUGUACAACUAGAGUCUUCACAAGUGCUUCAAGCUAUACAUUUAGCAUCAGGAAAAUUGGCACCCAUUUGGUACGGCUUCAUUUCUCUCCAUUCACUUCUCAGAAUUACAAUCUCAAUAAUGCAAAUUUCAGUGUUUCGGGUAAUGGGGUUUCCCUUUUGAGCAAUUUUAGUGGUGAUUCGGGUUUUGCGUUUGUUAAUGCAAUUGAAGUGUUUUCGGCUCCUGAUGAUUUUAUUCUUGAUCACGGGACUAAGUUAAUUGGUCCUAAUGGGGUUGAAGAGUUUAAGAACAUUUCUUCACAGAUUUUAGAAACAGUUCAGAGGAUUAAUCUUGGGGGUUCAAAGUUGACCCCUUUCAAUGAUACCCUUUGGAGGUCUUGGCUUCCUGAUGAGAACUUUCUUGUUUUGAAGUCUGCUGCUAAAAUUGCGAGCACUACAGAUGUCCCGAAUUUUCAGGAAGGUGGCGCCAUCGAUACAUAUAUUUAACUGUGUAUAUGUGUGUUUGCUUAUGUGCUUUUUAACCGAAAGUGCUUGGAUCAUUAGUGGGAGAGGUGAAAUUAAUUAGUAUUUUAGGUUUUGAACAUGUUUAGUGAUUUGAAUUAGCCACAUCAAUACAUUUAUUUAACUGUGUAUAUGUGUGUUUGCUUAUGUGCUUUUUAACCGAAAGUGCUUGGAUCGAUACUUUGACAUUUGGAUGUAUUGGCAUUUGAGAUGUAUUGGCUAAGUGUGUAUAGUAUUUUAAGUGUUUUAUAUUAUAGAUACUUUGGCAUUUGGGAUGUAUUGGCUAAUUUUGAAAUCUAGGUUAAGAGCUUGUGAAGCUUGAUAUUUUGUACAUCUGAGGUGGGAAUUAUUGAUACAUGACCAAGUGGGUAGUUUUGAAAAUGUAGAUGGGCUAUGUUUAUGCUACAAAUGUAGAUGAGUUUUUAAAUGUUUGUGUUUAAUUUGGGUGUUUUAAAUUUUAUUUUUUUUUGUAUUUGUGUUUAAAUUGGGGCUUUUUACUGUGUUUAAUCCUAGGUACAACAACACACAAAACGCACACACAUUUAUGUUUG